UAGCGUGCCAAGCCCUCUUACGACAAGAUGGUAAAGCUAACAUUGUACGGAGUAGAUGGCAGUCCACCAGUGCGAGCUGUUAAGUUGACGCUGGCUGCCCUGAACCUGCCCUACGACUAUGUAAAAGUCGAUCUCGCGAGCCGCGCAAAUCUCUCUCCCGAGUUUUUGAAGAAGAAUCCACAGCACACGGUGCCCACUUUGGAGGAUGACGGCCACUACCUUUGGGACUCGCACGCAAUUAUUGCCUACCUGGUGUCCAAAUAUGCCGACAGUGACAGUUUGUACCCCAAGGACUUGUUACAACGGGCAGUGGUCGAUCAACGUCUACAUUUUGAGAGCGGAGUGGCCUUUGCAGAUGGCCUGAGGAGCAUAACGAUUCCUCUGUUUUUCUAUAAUCAGAAAAUAGCGCCCAAAGAGCGAAAGCAAGCCAUUGUCGAGAUCUAUGACUUCGUGGAAACUUUCCUAAAGGACCAGGACUACAUUGCCGGAAAUCAGCUGACCAUCGCGGACUUUAGCAUUGUAUCAACCAUCAGUUCUCUGGUGGCCUUUGUGGACCUGGAUCACGCCAAAUAUGUGAGAAUCAGUGGCUGGAUUAAACGUCUGGAACAGCUCCCAUACUACGAGGAGGCCAAUGCCAAGGGUGCCCAGGAAUUUAUAUCCCUUAUUAAGCAGUCAAAUUUAAGCUUUGCGUCCUGAUCCAAAUGUCAAUUUAUUCGAGUCACAAUAAAUUGAAUAGACAACA